GCGUUGGUGAAGCAAACUUCCGUCUUCAGUUGCGGGGCCUACUUCGUCUCUUUCUACCUCCUCACCGAUACCAUCAUCCUGAAUCUCCUGGUUGCUCUAGUGCUGGAGGCCUACGACCAAGAACAGGUGCGUCUACUUAACUCCGAAGGAGCGAGGCACGGUAGCUUGGAAACCAUGGUUAUUAAGAAGCUGGCUACGUCCUCUUUCAUGCAAAGGCACGAGGCCGUCUCAAUCAGGAACUACGGGGUGAUCUCAUAUUGCAUCAGUGGCAGCUGUCGCACGCCUCCGUUAGCUCUCAAAGCCCCUACAGAGGACCGCGUGCGCACGGUGCGCGGCCGUCGGCUCACUGCAGCCGAAGCAGCUUUGCUUCGUGCGCCAACUGCCAGGCCCGCGAUGGAAGCACGUCCACGGCGCACCAACACAUGUGUCGUCCGCGCAAAGAGUUUUCAGAAACUCCUGAGCAUUACUCAGAUUGCUGUUAGAACUUGCACGCUCCGCAUCCCUGACCUGUGGUGA